GCGCACCUUUACGACCAAACAGAAAAGAUCAAUCUCUUUCCUCCAUAAUGAAUGAAUUAGUGGUGUACAGGAAUUGUUUUGGAUGGUAGUAAAGCACAGAGAGCUUCUCGUGAUCUGACAUACAAUCAACUAAUUUCUUCUUCAGGAGGACAACUUGAAGUUUCCCUCGAAGUUUGGAUUUGGCUCAGGGGAAGUUAUGUACCGGGAAAAUGAAGACAGAGUCAUGAGUGCUCCUGGCGUUCGUUCUGAUGGUUCUUCGUGUCGGCACAUGUUUGCCCCCCUUGUCAGAGGGAGGAGGCCGGGCUCAUGUGUCAAACAUCUAUGCUGGUUGCUGGUCAUCCUACUGAUAGGUCAGGCUUCCUGUAAUCAGACCUCUGCUGCUCCUCCCACUACUCCUGCUACAACAGACACACAGACUUCAGUGUACUACUUUGUUGACAUCGCUGUGGAUGUCAAAGGAAAGGAGAGGGAUGAAACCGAAAUCAAGGCCUGGCUUGUCCAGGUUUUCCAAACCAACCUGGAGAGCUGCAUUUCCCCGAACAAUGAAUCAACAACUGCCCCACCUACUUCCACACAUACUACAAAUGAUACGACACUCAUGACGACAGCAACAACAAUACAAAGCUAUAACACAACUACAGCUACAACAGUUUUGACAAGCAAUGACACAACUCCUGCCUCAACAUCAACAACGUUUAACAGCAACAACACAACUCCAGCCUCAACACUGACAACGUUUAACAGCACCAACACAACUCCAGCCUCAACACUGACAACGUUUAACAGCACCAACACAACUCCAGCCUCAACAUCAACAUCGUUUAACAGCAACAACACAACUCCAGCCUCAACACUGACAACGUUUAACAGCACCAACACAACUCCAGCCUCAACAUUAACAACAUUUAACAGCAACAACACAACUCCAGCAUCAACAUCAACAACAUUUAACAGCAACAACACAAAUCCAGCUGCAGCGUCAACAACGUUACAAACCGUCAGCACAACUGCAGCUGCGAUAUCAACAACGUUACAAACCGUCAGCACAACGUUACAGCCCAGCUCGACAACCACUUUACUUGACCCCAGCGUGGUCACACAGGCACCUGGAGGUGGAGGACCCGUCCAGCCAACGAAGAAGCCAAAUCCCAGCGGAAACAAGCAACGCAUAGCUCGUGAGGUUCAUGGCAAUGUGACAGAAGCCAGUGGGAACAGUAAUGACAACACAACCGGCCUGUAUCAAGAUCUGGAAGUGAACUGCGCCAUGAAGACUGCAAUAAGCAACACCACCUGUAAUGUGAUGCUGAAGCUGAGGCAGAGUGUGCCGCCAUGUUGUGUCCUCCGUACACUCUGUGCGGCCAGUAUGACGUCCUCCGACAUCCAGGUGGUGGGAAGGAAAGCUGACAGAACCAGCCAACUAGAAACUGAGUGCAACAGCAACCCACAAGAGGAGAGGACUUGCUUUUAUAAUGGUCCAACCGGUGGAUCAUGUGAAGCGUCUGGAUCUGCAUAUGUGGUCCAGCAGAGCAACUCAACACACUGUGGUGCAGGUCAGGUGAACAACACCUGCAGCUGCUCUGCUUACUGCAAUGGAACUGAUGCAUACUACAGUUUUCAAAUGUAUAUAAACAAUCCAGAGAUGAACGAGUCAUACGUCUUAUUCCUUAUUUCGAAGAUACAACAAACAACAAACUGCUCUCUGAGUGCAAAUGGUUCAUGUCCACUGAACAUCGUUGCAUCUGAAUACAAGGAAGCCAGUGUGACCUGUGGACUCAUUGAAACAAACGUACAAAGCUGCAUGGCAAUUUUACGCUUUGCCCGUCAGGUCCCUAUCUGUGCCGUGUCGGAGGCUUUGACGAAUGUAUUUCAGCCCGAGAAACAAAUCAGUUACAGCGGACUAGUGACCCGAGCAGCAAUUUGUGAAAAUUCAGCUGCCAGCAACAAUCCACUGAACUCCCUGUUCACGUGGUUUGAAGUGAAUCUAACGCCUGCUGAACUUUGUCUGACAAACGACGAUUCUCAUCUCCUUAGCUGUCAAAAUGGAAAAAAUUUGGCCUUGCUGUUGGAUGAAAGUUGUGUACACCGGCCGUCCACCACAUCCAGCCCAGAUAUCACCACAGCGCAACCAAACACCACCUUGUCAGUGAAUGUAACUUCCCCCCCGCUCAACGCAACAACGGAAGCCCUGAAUACGACCACCACCGUUAGCGCUAAUGUCACUGCGACAAAUUCACUCAACAACACAACUUUAAUGCCGCUGAACACAACAACUGAGGCCCUGAAUACCACCGCAACCACUGUAAGCCCCAACGUCACGGCGACAACAACACUCAACAACACAACUACAACCACCGCAAAUGAGUCUGUUUUUUUCACCACUUCAGAGAGCCCAACAACCACCCUAUCUGCUGACAGCCAAGCCAACGCACUGCUCGAUCUGACCAGAGACGUGUCCAACCUGAACUCCAGCCAGGUGGAGCAGCUGGUAUCUCAGCUGGAGGAUCUGUUGUCGGGCCCGACUGUCAGCCUGGAGCUGGGAAACACCUCCGUCCACAUUGUCAGCAAUCUGCUGGAUGCUUCUCCUGAGGUGCUGGCCACCACCUCCAACAGGAUCAUAGGGAUUGUCGACACAGUGGGGUUGAAGCUGGUCCUCGACCAGCCGGCUGAGACCAUCUUGUCUGAGGCUGUGGCUCUGUCGGUGAAAACAGCAGACGGUACUAACUUCCAGGGAACAGUUUUCUCCAUCUCAGACCCCAGUAAUGUACAGGUCCGUGGGGAUCCGAGGCUGAGAAGGAGUGUGAGAACAGACUCCACCAUCCCUCAGGGCUCCAUCAGGCUGCCCCCCUCUCUGACCCAGGACCUCACCUCAGAGGAGCAGCAGCAGGCCUCCAGAGUCCAGUUCAAUUUCUAUCAGAGGAGCACAGUGUUCCAGGACAGAUCACUGGGACAGCGUAGACUCAAUAGUGGGAUCCUGGGCGCCAGCGUGGCCAACCUGUCAAUCACAGGACUGCAGGACGAUGUUAUAAUUAACCUGAGGAACACAGAGCCCAUUCCAGCUAAUUUUGUGGCUACAUGUGUUUUCUGGGACUUCACAUUAAACGACGGAUCAGGUGGUUGGAGUUCAAGUGGCUGUUUCGUCCGAAACAGCACUGACAACGAGACGGUCUGCAGCUGCAACCAUCUAACCAGUUUUGCUAUCCUGCUGGACCUUUCCAGAGAGCCUCUCACCAGUCGUGUCCAGGCCACCAUCCUCACCUUCAUCACAUAUAUCGGCUGUGGAAUCUCCGCCAUCUUCCUGUCAGUCACCCUCCUCACCUACUUGGCCUUUGGGAAGUUGCGUAAAGACAUUCCAUCCAAAAUCCUGAUCCAGCUGUGCCUGGCCCUGCUGAUGCUGAACCUGGUCUUCCUGGUAGACGCGUGGCUGGCGCUCUACCCGGAGGCUGAGGGCCUCUGCAUCUCCACCGCCUGGUUCCUCCACUACUUCCUGCUGGCUACCUUCACCUGGAUGGGACUUGAGGCGGUCCACAUGUACCUGGCCCUGGUGAAAGUCUUCAACAGCUACAUAUCACACUACAUGCUCAAGUUCUCGCUGGUCGGCUGGGGUGUCCCGAUGAUCGUGGUCAUCAUUGUCAUCGCGAUAGACAAGGAUAACUACGGCCUGGUCUCCUAUGGGAGGUUUACUGAUGGCACCAGUGAUGACUUCUGCUGGCUGAAAAACGACAUUGCUUUCUAUGUGGCAGUGGUGGCCUACUUCUGCGUCAUUUUCCUGUUCAACUUCGUCAUGUUCAUCGUGGUGCUGAUCCAGCUGUGUCGGAUAAAGAGGCAGAACCCUCACAAUUCGGUUCACCGCAGCACGCUGCAGGAUGCGCGCAGUGUGGCGGGGAUAACCCUCCUCCUGGGCCUCACUUGGGGCUUCGCCUUUUUUGCCUGGGGGCCCGUUAACCUGGCGUUCAUGUACCUCUUUGCCAUUUUUAACUCCUUGCAAGGUUUCUUCAUAUUUGUGUUUCAUUGUGCGGUGAAGGAGAAUGUGAGGAGGCAGUGGAGGACCUACCUGUGCUGCGGCAAGAUGAGACUAGCAGAGAACUCAGAAUGGAGUCGCACCGCAACGCAGAAGACCACGAAGAAGGGAUCAGUGACCAGACUGACAUCUCUUAAUUCCUCGAAGUCCAACAACUCAUCCAGCUCCUCGUCAUUCCUCGUCAGUGAAUCUUCAGAGCAUAUUAACGGCAUCGGAAGUCCAUUUGACGACAGAGCAAUCACAGCUGAUGAAGAACCCAGGUCGGACGUGGUCCUCAACGAGAUCAACAGGCAGUACAGAAACCAGCAAGCGCCCUGAUCCCAAAGAGGACAGAACAGACUGUUUAAUGGCUUUUAUUUUGAAAUACUUGUAUAUAAUGUAAAUUGAAGUAAUUUAUGUACUGUCCAUGUCACAUAUAUUAUAUGACUUGAACUGGAGCAAAGGAAAGCCUCAAUUAUACAUGACAUUUAAUCUUUUGAACUUUCCUGCAAUCACACUUUUUAUAUACGUACAAGCUUUAAUGCUUUGCACUGGGAUGCUAUCAAUAUGUGUUCAUAUUCUAA